AUGGCGGAAACACGGUACGAAGAGGUGAACUACUCCAAGCAACAUGGAAAAAGUAGUUGCUGUCUCAAAUUUUGGCUUGCAUUUUUCGUGAUCGUCAGUCUAGCUCUUAUUGGUGUUGUCCUGUGGUUGCUUUUGGCGCCUAACAGUGCCAGCGACUUAAACGCUCGGUCUAGAGCCGCCCUUCAGACGGCUUCAGGAACAAACCGACCGGGAUUAUGCGCCCUCCCCCCAGCUCAGGGACCCUGCAAAGCCACCAUCUGGCGUUAUUACUUCGACGCCACUUCUGGUGAAUGCAAGAAGUUCAUCUACGGUGGCUGCUCAGGCAACGCCAACAACUUCAUUUCAAUUCAGGAGUGCAUGAAUACUUGCAUGCUUCUACCCGGAUCAAAAUCUUCAAAUAUGAUAAUUAUUUUGAUAGAACGACCAAAACCGAAAUUUUGUCGCCUGGAAAUGGAUCCUGGUCCUUGUUUCGGCGCUAUUUUGCGCUACGCCUACGACGAGAAGCUCGGCAAGUGCGUCGAGUUUGCCUACGGUGGAUGUGACGGGAAUGCAAAUAACUUCGAGACACUUGAAGAAUGCGAAAGGAAAUGCGUGGGGGAACUUGAACCUGGCACAUCAUCCGACGGUGGAAUUAGUGCGGUUGACACAACGCUGUGCCACCUGCCACACGAUCCAGGCAACUGCUACGCACACAUUCAACGGUGGGCAUUCGAUGCCAACUCUGGUCAGUGCGUUCAAUUCAUCUACGGUGGAUGUGGUGGCAAUGCCAACAACUUCGAGACGAAGGAGGCGUGUGAACGACGCUGUCUCGCCAACAUUCCUCUGGCUAGACCGGCCACUGGUGAUGAUGGUCUUCCAGAUGCGGUGUGCAGUUUGCCGGCGGAGGUUGGACCGUGCCGUGGAGCGCUGAAACGAUGGUACUACGACGUGUCGAAGGGGCAGUGCACGGAGUUUGUGUACGGUGGAUGCAGAGGAAAUGCCAACAACUUUGAGUCGAAGGAGGCGUGUGAGGCAAGAUGCAGUGGUGAGUUAUCGCCUCCGCCUUCUUCCCUAUUCUAUUCACUUACCAAUUUUCUGUCGACCAAUUUCUUCCCAACGGUAUAG